UUACUGCACGUGUAAACAAACGUCAAUGUGUAACCUCAAAAAACUGAUUUUGAUAGCUUCGCCUCUUGGAGCACUUCUUUAAUUUCGGAUCAUUCAUUUUACGUUAAGUUUACGGCGAUUAAACAGUGAUUCGCUAAAAAGCAAGUAAAUCUAUUCCACAACAAUUCCAAGAUGAGUUUUCGCGGUCGAGGUGGUGGCGCAGGACGUGGAUUCGGCGGUGGUGGUGGACGUGGUCGAGGUGGCGGAGGUAAUAGAGGUGGUGGCGGUGGUUUCGGUGGCGGCGGAAGACGUUUCGACACUGGACCACCAGAACGGGUGAUACCAUUGGGCCAUUACGAAUAUCCGUGCGAAGGUGAUCUGGUAUGCAAAGUGCAAAUCGAAGACGUUCCGUACUUCAACGCACCGAUUUAUUUGGAAAAUAAAGAGCAGAUCGGCAAGAUUGACGAAAUUUUUGGAACCUUACGAGACUAUUUCGUAACGAUAAAAUUGAGCGAAAAUAUGAAGGCCGGUAGUUUUACACAGCUACAGAAGUUGUUUAUCGAUCCUGGCAAACUUUUACCGUUGAGUAGGUUCUUACCGAAGCCUGCACAACCAAAAGGUCCACGAAAGAAAGGAGCUGGUGGUGCUGGCGGCAGAGGUGGAUUUGGUGGUCGUGGAGGAAGAGGAGGCAGUUUCGGUGGACGUGGUGGAGCAGGAGGACGUGGAGGUGGCAGAGGAGGAUUUGGUGGCGGCGGUGGUGGUGGAGGAUUCAGAGGAAGAGGAGGUGGUGGUGGUCGUGGUGGCGGCGGCGGACGAGGCGGUGGAGGUCGUGGAGGUGGUGCACGAUGGUGAAAUUAUACAUUUUCCACAUUUUAAUUAAAGAAAAACUUAAAUUUUUAA